GACUUCGCCUUGAUAUGUUUGCAAUUGCAAUGUUAUAUGCAGGUGCAUUAUUCUUAUUAUUGUGUUAGCAUGCAGGUGAUCUUAUGAAGCAAUUUGAACGCCAGUACUGGUAAUUGAAGCUGGUUGCUACUUGUUGACUUCCGUUCAGCUUUAAAGAAGAAUCACAACCCAUAUCAUCUUUCUCUUUCUCGAUCCUUCCAGCUUCAGAGGCCGAGUGAGCGAUGAGGUGAGAAACCUAAUCUCGAUCUUUCGCUUGGUCUAAUUGGGAGGCCUCUUUGUCAUCAUCACAGGCGACAAAUAGAUCGAAGCGGGAGUCAGUGGCAACAUGACGAACCCCUUUCGGUCGACGCUCGUUUCUCAGAUUCGUUAGCAUCCCCGAUGACGCAUGCAGUGAGGUAUUGGGAUUGGAAUGAAGGGGGGGAGGAUUACCUAGUACGCAGUAGUGGCUUUAGACGGCUCAAGAAAGGGACAUAGUGUCUUCCUUCUGCUUUUGUGAUUGCAAUCCCGAGCUUGAAGGAAUCACGACCAUUUACGUGCCAGAUCGAUGUCCAGCGACAGAUAAGGCUUCGUCGUUUGGAGUGGUCGUGGUCAUGGAGGCGAGCACCGGGCCUCUGUUGAAGGUGUACUAUGAGAACUGCCCCGGAUGCAAGCAGGACCGGAAGAACGAGGUCCGCCGAGGAGUUCCUUACAGGGAAUUCUUCUACAUAUGGAUCGUCACGCUGUGCUCCGCCUUACCAGUAGCAUCAUUAUUUCCUUUCUUAUACUUCAUGACACAAGACUUACAUGUUGCCAAAAGAGAAGAAGAUAUUGGAUUUUAUGCUGGUUUUGUAGGAUCUGCAUUUAUGAUUGGAAGAGUUCUGACUUCAGUAUUCUGGGGAAUUGUGGCAGAUCGAUAUGGAAGGAAACCAGUUAUAGUCAUUAGUAUUAUUUCCGUAAUAUUAUUUAACACUAUGUUUGGGCUUAGCACAAGUUACUGGAUGGCACUUGUUUCAAGAUUACUUCUUGGAUGUUUUAAUGGUUUGCUUGGUACAAUAAGGGUAUCUGCUCAAUUGGUGUUCAAAAUUCAAAUAGCUUAUGAUUCAUUGAUGCCAUACUUUCUAAUUGGAAGCUUGAUGUGGAAUUCAAUACAGGCUUAUGCUUCAGAAGUUUGCCGAAAAGAAUAUCAAGCUCUAGGAUUAUCUCUUGUUAGUUCAACACGAGGUAUAGGUUUAAUUGUUGGUCCAGCUAUUGGAGGUUUCUUUGCUCAGCCUGCAAAGAAAUAUCCAAAUAUCUUCUCCAUAAAGUCAUUGUUUGGCAGGUUUCCUUACUUUUUACCUUGCUUUUGCAUCUCUCUCAUAGCAACUGGGGCAUUGGUUGCCUGUUUCUGGCUUCCUGAGACUUUGCACAUGCACGAUAAGUGGGAAAUUGAAGAUCUGGAGGAUUCACUAAUAAGAUGUGAAACAAAAAAAUAUAAUGAUGAAAUUGAAGGAACAAUGUUGGCAUCUAAGCAAAGCUUGAUAAAGAAUCGGCCUUUAAUGUCAGCAAUCAUUGUCUAUUGUGCUUUUGCCCUUCAAGACACAGCAUAUGCUGAGAUAUUCUCCUUGUGGGCUGUGAGCAACAAAACAUAUGGUGGAUUGAGCUUUUCAUCUCAGGAAGUUGGUGAAGUACUUGCAAUCUCAGGUUUGAGUCUCCUAGUUUAUCAACUAUUUCUUUAUCCAUGCUUUGAGAAGUAUCUAGGACCCAUCAGUUCAUUGCGUGCUGCAGCGAUUUUUUCUAUACCAUUGCUCACCAGUUACCCAUUUAUGUCUAAGCUUUCUGGAUUAAAACUUUUCUUUGUUGUGAACUGUGCAUCACUCCUGAAGAGUGCUAUUUCCGUAACUAUCACCACUGGGUUCAACAUCCUGCAGAAUAAUGCUGUGUCUCAACAUCAAAGAGGUGCUGCAAAUGGUGUUUCUGUCACUGCAUUGUCUCUUUCCAAAGCUAUUGCUCCAGCAACCGCAGGGGCUUUGUAAGUAUUCCGCGUAUUAGGUUUUGUUAAUCCAUACCUGAUGAUGUAAGUGGAUAGUACAUAUAAAAAAUCAAACAAAAAAGUUCCUGUGAAAAAUCACUUCUUUUUGUGCUGCUUAUAUUUUUAUAUCUAGGUUUCUGUCUUUCUGUGAUUCUUUAAUUUUAUAAUAUUCAACUCAAAAGCUAUCAGUGAAUGUGUGUGUCUUUAUACACAGGUUGAACUGCUUGAAGCCUGACUUCCAUUCAUAAUCCAAAUUAUUAAACAAAAACUUAAAAUGAAUUUCUCUUCUACUUCGCAAGUAGAAAGUUACAAGGAAAAAAAUUGCUGUUGAUGUGAAUAAUUUGUUCUCAAAGAAGUUGUAUGUUAGUGAGGUUUUGCAGCACGAUAGUUUACGCUGAUUAAUCAUAUAAUCUUAACAUAUCUUAAAAAUAUGAUGGUAGCUAGUUUUGUUCUUUUAUCAUAUUUUUACCCCCUAGGUGUUGUAUAACUAUUUGAUCCAAGCAUAAGUAGGUUGGUGGUUUAUUAGUUGAACUUGUAGUAUAUUACUUAAUUGGACAGGUGAAAACACUUCAAUAUUUGCAAUAAAUGACUACCUUAAUUCUUAUUUAACUAUUAUUAGACUUCAGAGGAUAUGAUUUUCUUUUAAAGCUAAAGAUGCUCGUUUGAUUUCUUCAAUAAAUCAUCACCACACAUCCUGUUAGUAGUUGAUGUGAACUUCAAAUGAACUACUGUUGGC